UUCAUGUACUUAGACAAAGUCCUUUCUCAAAGAGUGAAAACUAACACCCACCACCCACAGCUCAUAUCAUAGGUCUAGUCCUAAAAUUAGAAAUGAAACCCCACAAAUAUUUUCGUUUAUUGAAUUCGAUUUAUACCCAUGGCCAUAAAUUUCAUAAAUCACUAAAUAUUGCAUCAAAUCUCUCCAUAUUGUACUCAUCAUUAAGUGGGUCGCAAAACGGCGGGUCGCAGUCCGGUUUACUACGAUGCCCUGCAAACUACUCUCCAUUGACGCCGAUCACCUUCCUUGAUCGAUCCGCUAAGGUGUUUCCGGGUCGGACUUCAUUGAUAUAUGGUACUACCCAUUUUACUUGGUCUCAGACCCGUUUACGCUGCCUCAAACUCGCUUCUGCAAUUACCUCUGCUCUCCGAGUCUCUCCUGGCCAACUCAUUGCAACUCUAGCUCCAAAUGUUCCUGCUAUGUACGAGCUGCAUUUCGCAGCACCAAUGGCCGGAGCCAUCCUCUGCACUCUUAACUCACGCCUCGAUUCAUCCAUGGUUUCUACCCUCCUUGCACAUUCCCAAGCUAAGGUCUUAUUUGUAGAUUUCCAAUUAAUCAACAUUGCUUCAGAAGCCAUCGAUCUUUUGUCUAAAACCGGGGUAAAACCACCAUUAAUUGUGCUUAUUACAGAUUCUAACUCAAAUGAGCAUGAAAACUUUCAGUGUGAGUACGAAUAUGAGGAUCUUCUAAACAAUGGGGAUGAUCAAUUUCAGCCUCGAAUGCCCCUAGAUGAGUGGGACCCAAUUAGUGUAAAUUAUACAUCUGGCACCACCUCGAGGCCUAAAGGGGUUGUGUACAGUCACCGUGGAGCUUACCUAAAUGCCAUCUCCACCUUUUUGUUGCACGAAAUGGGUCCUAUGCCGACUUACCUCUGGACCGUCCCUAUGUUUCAUUGCAACGGGUGGUGCCUCCCUUGGGGAGUUGCAGCUCAAGGGGGCACCAACGUUUGCAUUCGGAAGAUCAGCCCAAAGGUUAUAUUUGAUAAUAUUGUCCUCCACAAUGUGACUCACAUGGGUGCAGCUCCGACUGUUAUGAACAUGAUUGUCAACGCCCCUGUUGGUGAACGGAGGAGCCUUCCUAAUAAGGUGAAGUUGCUUACUGGAGGAUCACCCCCUCCGCCUCAAAUUUUGUCGAAGAUGGAAGAAUUGGGCUUCGAUGUAGCUCACUUGUAUGGUCUUACCGAGACUUAUGGCCCAGGGACUUACUGUGUUUGGAAGCCCGAGUGGGAUUCUCUACCCCGCGAUGAAAAAUCGAGGAUCAAAGCUCGACAAGGUAUACAACAUCUAGGGUUGGAAGAUGUUGAUGUUAGAGAUCCCGUCACAAUGGAAAGUGUUCCCGCUGAUGGUAAAACAUUUGGAGAAAUAAUGUUCAAAGGAAAUACAGUGAUGAGUGGAUACUUGAAUGAUUUGAAGGCAACAAUGGAAUCAUUUAAAGGCGGUUGGUUUCAUUCAGGCGACCUCGCUGUAAAACACCCCGACAAUUACAUAGAAGUCAAGGACCGGUUGAAGGAUGUUAUAAUUUCCGGUGGAGAGAAUAUAAGCACAGUUGAGGUAGAGACAGUGCUGUACAGUCACCCAGCUAUUCUUGAGGCUGCCGUUGUAGCAAGGCCUGAUAAGCAUUGGGGAGAGACACCAUGUGCAUUCGUAAAGUUGAAGGAUGGGUAUGAGUUAGACGAGCAAGAAGUAAUGAAAUUUUGUCGUGAUCACUUGCCUCAUUACAUGGCUCCUAGGAGUGUCGUCUUUGAGGAGAUCCCCAAGACCGCGACAGGAAAGAUUCAGAAGUUUAUUCUUAGAGAAAAGGCAAAGAAUAUGGGAAGCCUAUCUUAGACAAACAAGACUUCGAAAUGUAAGAUACAUUUAUAGAUCUUCGAUUGUUGGUAAUGGUUUCGAGCAUUAAGUUAAUGAGAAGGUGAUUUGGUAUGUGAAAUCAUGUAAUAUAAGGACUUGCUGAGGAAUCAAUGUCAAAUAUAUUGGCUUUCUGGGUAAUUAAAUAUGUAAUUCAGUUGGUGGGCUGGUUGUACGUAGUUUAAUUGUUGGAAAUACUUCACAUGUUAGGCAGAUCUCACAUUACUAAAUUAGUGGGUUUUUCGACUUGUAUAUAAUACAUGGUGGGUAAUCUUCCUAACGCUCAUUACCCGUGGGUUUGUGGCCUUGAGCCUAUGGGUGUUCUGUGGGUGUAUCCAAACGAAGGACCCAUAGGAUGAUUAUGUGAUGAAUUGUCACGACCUAACAUCAGUUGAACUUAAUUAUAAUGGAAAUAUUACAUGAUUGUGUCAACCGCACCCUUUUUGCUAUCUUAACAUAACAAUUUGUGAUCCUUUCAAUAUUUGUUUUUCGAAAUAACUAGUACAGGAACAUUGGAACAUUGUAAUGAUACAAUGCUGAUAAAAAUGGCUAAUAUUGAAUCACAAGAAUCAUCAUUUGAAGAUGGAUUGUUUGAGCAUUUGGUUGGGCAACUAAUGGGUUGCGUCGAUGAGGGUUUGGAUGAGCAAUCAAAGGCUCACACAAGUCAAGAACUUGAUAUAAAGAAAAGUGAAAAAUAUGUAUAUGUAGGUAAAGGCUCGCUCGAUCGAGCCAAAGAUGCAACAUGAGACAAAAGGCAGCAACAUGCCUCGUUCGAUCGAGUAGGUGGGUCACUCAGUCUAGUAAAGCAUGUCAGAACAUGGGUUUUCGUGUUGUCACGCAUGAAAAUUACUUGGCUGGAUUCCUCUAACCUCUUAGGCCUAUAAUGAGGGUUCAAAGGUCAGAAUGAAGGCAGGAGGAAGAGUGCAAGCUAACUUUUAUUAUUGUUGUUGAACUAGAGAGAGUGAGAGUGCAAAUUGCGUUCUAUUAAAACACUAGAG